CUUGGAAGUUGUACUGAGAAGACAUGUCAAGAAAGUCAACACAGAGCCUAUAAGAAGGCCUGUGUUUGUCAUCCGUCAUGGCCAUCAUCCAUCGUCUCUUGUUGCUCCUCACCACCCUGCUUGCUUCUGACUUGUAAAAAAUGCACGGUUUCAUGGAUCUCACAGAUGAGCACAAGGAGGUCUUCUCCCUUUUCGACAAGGAUGGAGAUGGUCACAUCACGCUCGAAGAACUGCGCACCAUCAUCCGAUCAUUAGGCCGAGAACCAACUCUGCAAGAGCUGCAGGAUAUGAUCAGGGAGGUCGAUGUGGAUGGUAAUGGCACCAUAGAGUUUGAUGAAUUCUUGAACGUGAUGGCUAUGAGAACGAAGGAGGCUACUGAGGCUGAGGCUGAAGAAGAACUGCGAGAAGCCUUCAAGGUUUUCGAUAUAGACAACAAUGGAUACAUCUCACCCAGCGAGCUUAUGAGCGUGAUGACUAAUCUGGGAGAGGAAGUAACAAAGGAGAUUGCCGCAGAGAUGAUCAUGGAGGUUGACGCUGAUGGUGACGGGCAGGUGGAUUUCAAGGAAUUCUCCACCUUGAUGAUGGCUAUCGGAACUACACCGACGAAUUCCUUUUCUUCAUUGUACAUAAACUGAAUCAAAUACAUGUUGAUGAUCUCUCUCGUUUGAUACAGCACAAAA